GUGUGUUCAUGGCGGGUGGGGAGUGACCGCGGGCCGAGGAUGCUGGGCGGCCUGCUGGCGGCUGCCGUCUUGGCCCUGGCGGGGCUCGCCUGCGCCCACCCUGACGGCGACGCGCUGGACGUGGGCGUGGGCGUGAGCAAACGAGACCUUGAGUUCAACCAGUACGUGCCCGGCUACCGGCUGCGGGGCGAGCCGUCGUGCGAGGAGCUGCGCGCCAUGUGGAGGCUGAGCAAGAGAGAGGCCCGGCGCGCCACCUCCACCAACCAGCUCCCGAGGGCCCGACCCUACACCUACGGCAGACUAAUAGCGUUCGCCCCCGACCCCAACGCCGGCCCCUCCGCGCCCGUCUACGGCCGCAUCUGGAAGGGGCGGUACCCCCCCUUCGCCAAGUCCUCCUCGUCCCAGGUGCCGGUCAAGGGCUCCUUCGAGAAGCUGAAGAUCAUGCUGAUGGAUUCCGGCGGCAGCCCCCGGGGCCAGUUCGACACGCUGCGUAGCAUGAUGGCCAUGGAGCGGGGCCCCGGCGUGUCGUCCAAGGGCCGCCUCAAGGAGCUGAUCGGCCUGUCGGCCAGCGAGCGCCGCGAGCAGCGCCCCGUGGCCCUCGCCCUCCGUGCCGUCGAGGAGUCCUACAAGCCCAGCGUCAUGUCGCGCCGGGAGCCACCGCCGCCGCCGCCCGUCGACAUGUCCCCGCGGACCAUGCGCGGUUCCACGCACUUCUCGCAGCAGGGCUUCGUCGGGCCGCUGCUGCCGGGAGACUCGAGAGUGAGCGGCGGCGCCCCCUGGCAGCCCCCCGCGCCCAACCCCAGCCUGAGAGCUUGUGGUGACGUCACGGGGUCAUACUGUCGCGUGAACUCCGACUGCGCAUGUGAAGGUCUCUACCGGUGUAACAAAGGCAGAUGUAAAACGACUUCAGCCGUGAAGGACAACCUCGGGUGGUGGUCUCCGGAGCCGCUACCCUCACAGGACCUGGGCAUUCACAAGUGGGCGCGAACGCCUCCCCGCCCGGCUGCCAUCAACGAGGAGGACCUUGGGCGCCGUGGGUGGACGCGUCGGCAGCCUUGAGGGGCGUGGGUGUCCCCAUCACGCCCGUAGCCACGUUCGUUCGCCGCUCGGAGGGGGGGAAGAGAUAUAUAUAUCUAUAUUCAAGGAAGAGGAGAACGAACCUACAAGAAUUUCGUCGUAGCGUAGGAUCUGGAAGGAGGACAAGAUAUGGAACAAAUACAAAAAAAAAUGAAAAUAAAAAAUACUUAAAAAUAUGAUAAAAAAAAAA